CAGAGAAUUGACAGAAAAUGCAAAACAGUGAAGUAAUAAAGCCUGCCAAGUACUUCUCUGAAGUGGAGAAGAGUGUGCUGCUGGCAUUGGUUGAAAAAUAUAAGUAUGUACUUGAAUGUAAAAAGAGUGAUGCAAGGACUAUUGCACUGAAACAACGGACCUGGCAGGCCCUAGCUCAUGAAUAUAAUUCCCAACCAAAUGUAUCACUCCGAGAUUUCAAGCAGUUGAAGAAAUGCUGGGAGAACAUCAAAGCUAGGACAAAGAAAAUAAUGGCACAUGAAAGACGAGAUAAGGUAAAAAGAUGCAUUAGUCCACUUAUAAGUAAUCACAUCCUAGGAAAAGAGAAGAUCACCAACAUGAUACCAGAGCAAGUAUAUUUUUUACAGACUCCACCAGAAGAAGAUUCUGAAUAUCAGCCUGAAACUUCCAAUCAAGAAUCUUUCACUGUUAUUAAUAAAGAAUCAUGUGAUGAAGAGAAAGGACUUGUACAUUUCCAAGUAUGUGAAGGUACCUCGCAGUCUGAGCCUUCCUGUUCAGCAGUCAGAGUAACUGGAAAUAAAAACUUCAGAAAUAAAGCUGCUCAAGAAAGUGAUUUGAAAAAGAUGCAUGAAGAGGAACACCAUCAGCAAAUGUCUAUUUUACAACUGCAACUGAUCCAAAUGAAUGAAGUCCAUGUAGCAAAAAUUCAACAGAUAGAAAGGGAAUGUGAAAUGGCUGAAGAAGAACACAGAAUCAAGAUGGAAGUGUUAAACAAAAAAAAAAUGUACUGGGAAAGAAAACUUCAGACCGUUACAAAAGAAUGGCCUGUAUCAUCUUUUAACAGGCCAUUCCCUAAUUCACCCUAGUACACGCAGCAGCUGGUAGUUCAUUAGACUGAAGUAACUUGAUCAUUGGAAAAUAGUUUGAGACUUAGGUUCAAUUCCUGUAUUUAGAAUGAUGGAAUAAUUGUUGGCUGUGAAUAAAUGUCAAGAAAGGCCUAAAAUAGAGAUUAGAUAGGUUUUCGUUUAAUAAAACAACGAAGAAAUUUCCAUAUUUUUGGAGGUAAAAUGUUGAUGUAACUUUUUAAUGGAAUUUCUGAGUAUGCCCAGUAAACCCAGUCUUUUCCAUGGUAGUCAGAUCGAUCCAAU